CCUUAUAUGACUGGGAGAGUUUUUUUUUAUUCGAAUCACGAUGACCCCCAUUUGCUGAGCACGUGGUAUGUAUUGAUGCAUGUGCAAACUUCAAGCCCUUCUGACUUGGCUUUCAUUUGAGGGGGGGGGGGGGGUAAUAUUAAUAAGUGACAUAUGAUUCAUAACUGAAUCUCUUCCAACACCUCGGAUUAUCGAGACUAACUGGUUCUUCACAUUAUAUCAAUCUUGAUACGAAUCAUAUAACCCUAUGAUAUAUGAUCAUCAGAGAUCACGGUGAUAAUGAUUUGUAUCGGUUUUUAAUAAAUCAACGACGAGACUUUACAAGUUUUGUUGUUCUGAGUUUUGUAUCCCCAUCAUUUCCUUUAUUGUAUAACCAAAAUCCAAAUAAAAAUAACUAAUUGUAAUACCUUCAGUACAUUCAGUCAUCAUCCAGUUGCAAAUCUCAUAUACAAACACAUACUUAUCCCUAAUUCAAACAAACCAAAUCUAUACGUAUUGACUAAACAUGACACAACAAGGCGUACCAAAUCAUGCCUUUUUUUUUUCUUCUCAUUCUUGUAUAAUGCAGCAACUUUCAACCCCAUAACUAUAACCAAUAAUUAAUGUAUACUUAACUCGGCAGCCGAAUAAAUAACCAAUUAUCAAUAUUCUGCUGAGAUCUCCCCUCUCUCUCUCUCUCUCUCUCUCUCUCUCUCUCUCGUCUCUGAGAAAUUCCAUAUCCAUUUCCGAUUCAUAUUACACAAACACAACAAUGCCCACCUUCCCUUCUUUUAUUAGCUCACCAACUCUCUCUCUCUCUGACUUAUGAACGAGAAGAAAGAAGCUCGCGCAGAAAGAGAUUGAGGGAGAGCUUUCAUUUCCUUUUUCCCUUUGGCUUCUCAUCUUCUCAAAUUAAAUGGGAGUGAUGUUAUUAGUAAGCGGGAGGCGUACGGCCUUGGUAGCUCUUAUCGUCGUCGUUUUAUGCAUCAUGGUUUCUUUCCUUCCCUCGUAUGUUUCUUCUUCUUCUUCUUCUUUGUCUCCGUACCAACAACGUCAUCACUCGCCAAGACACAGUAGUAGUAUUAAUGGUGGUCGCAGUGGUAAGGCCGCCACGGUGAUGAGGGUGCCGCCGAGGUAUCGCCGGCGGCGGCGGGGAAGGAGGCAGCCGGUGCCGCCGCGCACGUUCAUGGGGUUUCUGCCUAAAGGGAUGCCCAUACCGCCCUCCGCUCCUUCCAGGCAGCACAACAGUAUUGGUCCUCAGAGCACCGCCACCAGCGGCGGCGGCGGCUGAUCGGCCGGCCACCGCUUUCUUCUAGAAGAUAUACCUCAUCAGUUCGAUGAAUAUAGUAUUAUACUAUGAAUGGAAUCCGCAGUGUAAGCAGGCACGUAUGUAUGUAUGUCAUAAAAAAAAAAAGUUAGAUAAUUGCAUUCUUUAAUUUUGCACGUCCAGUUUAAUGCAUUAUUAUCGAUCGUUUCGGCACGUCUUUUUUUCGGGUCUCUCCAAAGUUGUUACUCCUUGGUUACCGUUUGGGGUUUGGGUAAUUAAAUUAAUAAUUACCUUGUUCUGGAGAAUUGGGAGGUGAUUUUGGAAAAAGAAGAGGGCUAGAGAACAGAGAAAUGAUGUAAAGGUGACGUGAAAUAAUGUUCUUUGGUGUUUCAACACUAUUCAAUGAUGUAAAAGGUUACUUGUGCCGGUUGCCAAAGCCCUUAAAUUAUUUAAUUAUAGUGCGCGCCAAGAGAAAGAAAAAAAAAUUUAACUACCAAAACGAAAGGUCAACAACUAAAACAUACAAAAUGCAUAUUUUGCAUUCUACUCAAAUUUUCUAAUUUAUGUGGUGAAUUUCUUUGAUACAUGCUCGUCGUGACUAAAAGUACCGUGGCCAAAGUUAGUCAAACAUUUUCUUACGAUAGUUGGACAUUAAGUCAUUAACAAUAUAUAGCUUCUGUCAUGAAGAUAUGGAGAUGGAAGUUCACAUGAAAUUGGAUAUCCCGCCUACUAAAGGUUUCAAUGUUGUUUUCAAAUUGCAAAACAACAUUGUUACAUGCUCAAACAAUUAGUCAGUAGGUCACCAAUGGUUUGUGAAAUUUAGUACAUUUCCUUGAUCUUGUUUGACUUCAGACAUUGUCGUUCGGAUCCAGUAGAUCGUCAUUCUCUUGAAGGUACUCUAAUUUGGUUAGUAUGUUUUAGUAACUAAUUGAUGAAUUUUCAGGAUUAAAAUUUAUGAUAUCGAAUAGGGGUGGCAAUUCGGUUACCGGUUAUCGAUUAACUGACCGGUUAAAUUGAUAACCGGAAGGUUAUCCACUAACCGGUAACCGAAGUAACCAAACUUCGGUCGGUUAUCGGAGGCUGGACGAAAUGAUUUUUGUCUUAAAAGUGAUUCGGGUAACUGAUAACCUAGAUAACCGAGAAAUCGAAGCCUACUUCGGUCGGUGUUCGGUAGGGAGGAUGGUUAUUUCGGUUAACCGAUAACCAACCGAUCGGUUACCGGUUAUAACCGAACUGCCACCCCUAAUAUCGAACGAGAGAAAAAAAUACUUGAUUUUACAUGAGGUAUUGAGUGACUGGUAAGACCCGUUGACCUAAUUACAAAUGGUGUAAUAUGACCGAGCCACUUCAACAGUAGACAUCCCAAAAUUAAGUUUAGAGAUCAGGUUGUCACAUAAUUAUAGUUUGUAUAUAUAUAUAGUAUUAAUUAAUAUCUUCAUCCAUCAUGUUUUUUCAGAAGUUGUUGUGAUAGAUAGAAUAAUCAAAUAACCUUGGCAUCGGAUUCGAAUUUGACUUCGUAAAAAUGGAGGAGCAAGGUCAGGUGUUGGGGAAAAAUUGUGGGGGGAGAAGAGGUCAAAUUCCUCCAAGUAUGUCAGGCCUCACAAGUCAAUAAUGGUUUGUUAAGGUUCCUUUCAAAUUGCAUUGAUUUAGGAGUGAAAAAUAAGGUACCAUUUUGGCCUAGUGCAAGGGGAAAACCAACAGGUUAGAAACUCUAUCGUACCGGUGGAUCGGUUUGGAAAUACCAUAUAUUGGAUAUCAAACGAGAGACUGUUUUAGCUUUGCAAAAUAGGUCAACCACGAUUUUAAUAUGAUGAUAAUGUUAACAGACACUUCUUUGGAAGAGAAUUGAGAUGAAGGAACAGGGAACAGAUUUGGAGUAUUUCAUCCAUUUAUAAUUGCAAAUAUUGUUUAUUCGAAUGGUCGAAUAUGCUAUACUCAUUGUCAUUUUGUAUGCUCAUUAAUUACGAGUUGAAACAAAUUUAGAGAUGAGGUUGGGUCAGGUUCUUCUCGUCCCAACCCCCAACUGGUGCACCAUUAAAAAAAUCUCGGUAAAAUAUUCAUUGAGUUUUAGAAAUAAAAACUCAACUCGAAAUGUACUAAUUAUAUAUAGGUCUAUGAGUACCCCAUGAGCUCACAAAAGUAAUCGUACAUUGUUUCUCCGAAAACCCAUAUUGCAAUGUUAUCGAAAUUUUUCCUACAAAUAUAUCUUCCUAAACACUACUGACAUUCACGUACAAAUUAUCCAUAUUAUUAUGUUUAUAUUGCCACAAAAUGUAAUUAAUUUCAUAAAUUAUUCAUAUUAUU